AGUUGUGUAGUGCUAAUAUUGUGGUGGUGAAAGUGGAGGAGGUGAAGGGAUGUACUGUUUCCCCAGACACCACAAACAUCUGAACGAUUAUUCUGCAGCAGUACUUCGUCUGCGCCACCACCACCAGCAUCGGUCGCAUCCAUACCACCAGCCUCAAUACGCUUUGAUAAUUUACAGUAUGGUGAUCAAGGCCUUGAAGAAAUGCCAGGCUGUGACGCUGAGACACCACCACCACCUGCAGCUGGUGUUGAUGAGCGGCCUGUACGUGCUGACGCUGCUUGCCCUCGCCUCCCUCCCUAACCAGACCCUGGACGCCUUCCACCAGCUGCACCACCUCGCCACGUGCAUCGGUGUGGCCAGUCCAUCCACGAGGCUGCCCAUCCUGGGGCCCCUCAGGAUAGAACAUGUGGACGCACAAACCAUUCAUGACAUCAUAGAGCGGACGAUGAAGUUCCUGCAAGACCACAGCCUGCUGGAAGCAGGAGAGCCGUGGGUGAAGGCGGUGGGCAUGGUGGCUUUCCGUCAGGUGCGUAACCCCAACCUCUACACCUCUAUCUACAGUCAGCACUGUAACUGGACGGCACAAGAUGUUAAGGAUCGCCAGAUAAACGCUUCGCUCGUGCCUCCUGCUUGGAAAUACUCGCCUACCACUGGUCUGCCUCCCAUGCCCGCCAGCUGGUGCACAGUGCCAGACGGCGGCUAUUAUCUGGGCCUCCGCCUCAGAGACAUGGCUAGUCACGAGUUGUGCAGCGCAGUGCCCAUAGCACAGGUGAACCAGUGCAUCAAUGAGAUGUUUUCUUUAAUUAAGGAGGAAUUUGAUAAUAGUGGAUGGAUUGACCAAUUAACCAGCACAAUAACGAUUUCCCUCACCAUGUUUGAUUUCCGUCACGGAUUAACCUGCAUCCUUACGGUGGUGGGAGAAAAACUAACAACCUCAAGCUGGAACGUUAACUUGCACUUCUCCCUCGUGUAUCCGCGGGGCUGUACACUCAUGGUGUGGACUUUGGUGGUGUUGGUCUUGAUAACUGCCCUUGAUGUUUUUUGUGCUCAGUGUAUUCGUCUGAAGAAGAGGAUGUUGUUGGUGGCCCUUGACGUGGUUAUCCUGCUCGUCAUCUCAAUGCGUCUUGCCACUCACCUCUUGGAAGCCAGACUUCUCCACUCCACCACAACUAAGUUUGUGGAUGAGAUCCGCAACCAACCGAGGAGGUCCGAUACGGAGCCGUAUGGGCUUUACGAAGGCAUCGAGCCCCUGGUGAGGGUGGAGCACAGGAUAAACACUCUGGAGACACUGUGGAUGCUCGCUGUGCUGCUCAAGGUUCUUUCUUUGGAAUGGUACGGAACCAGAGACGCAACAAUAUUUUUCUUAAUGUUUCGUCGCGCGUUGAAGAAGUCUUAUUCUGCACUGUUCACCAUCGCCCUAAUCACUGUCGUGCACGCCUUGGCUUUUCAUCGCUUUUUUGGAAAUCAGCUGAUAGAGUUUGAGUUUUUUGACAACACCUUCAGCACCGUGGCGGGCUACGCGGUAGGAAUAUUCAAGCACGAGAUGUUCUUUCUUAAGAACUCCAGUUGGAAAGUGCUCUUCCUUAUCUCUGCCUUCACCUUGGUCAUCUUAGGCUCCGAGUAUGUGAUCACUUUAUUUUUAUCAACUUUCGAGGCCAUGACCGAAGUGAGUGAAGCCGAGGCAAAUGAAGAGAGAAGUAGAGGCUUCGAUGACGGUGAAGAACUCGAUGACAAGAUGUUCUUAAGAAUUGUGAAGGAGGAACUCGAGAGAGUACUGGCUGACGGAGGUCUGGCUUCAGCAGUCACUCCCAGCUAGGAUUGAAGGUAGCGAAUUAAUACUGCUUGGGUGCCACCACAUCACACGCUCCUGCACCAAUUUACUGCCGGGAAUUUCUAUAUUUGUUUUAGGCUAAAAACUUUGGAAAUAUGUAAGAGCCCACUAAUUGACCCAUAGAAAGUUUUAGCUCAUUUUUUAUCAUUACGUUAGUGUUGGUGCGUAUGUGUUGGGGUUGGAGAAAGUUUGCAGGUGUUUGUGAAGGUGACAUUUAGCUGUAUGAGAUGCCAGUCUGCAGCAGCAGUUGCAGUAAUACCAGCAGUAUGGAGAGUAGUAGAAGUAUUAGUAGUAAUAGUAGCAGCAGCAGCAGCAGCAGUUGUUGUUGUUGUUGAUGUUGUAGUAGUAGUAGUAGUAGUAGUAGUAGUAGCAGCAGCAGUAGGCUAUAAAGAAGAAACAACGUCAGCGGGAAUGAGGUGCUACACUUGCUAGUACGUGGUUAUUUCCCUCGGUUACUUCUGGACGCUGAACGGUGAACACAACCCAUUGCUUUAUUUCAAUAACUGUAACGCGAUGGACGAAAAACAAAAGUCAGUGGUGGAAUGGUGCGGGCGAGGUCACGUGGCCACCAUCAGGGUGUCUGGUGGUCGGCGCAUUAUCCUGGAACUUCCUGGAAACUACAAGCUCGAGCACCAGGAGCGGCGGGCGGGAGGGGAACUGGUGCUGGCCUUUGAGUCCUCCUGCAGCGCCGCGCCCCCCACCCACUUAGAGGACGCGCCUGGGAGGGAAACACCCCUGCCCAGACAAGACGCGAGCGAGGAGACGGGGCACUCGUUUGGUGAUGCGACAUGCGUCAAACUCAAGGUCGCCAACAACUUCAGAGUAAAGUUUCCGAGGAGUUUGGAAGACACCCAGGGGCAUGAGUAAGGCAGACUGGAGCUCGAACUGGGGAGGCGGGGAGGUGGUUUUUGAUGUUGGGUUUUGUUGCCCCCAUUUCUCUUCCUCCUUUACCCUCUUUACUUUCUCGUCCUCCUGUUGGUGAGCCUUACUUGUCCUCUCCCUCCAUCUACUGCCCCUCCUCCGUCUUGCUCAUGGGGAUCUUGCUCUUGCUGCUUUUCCUCAUCUUUUUGGUGAUGGCUAACCUUGUCUGACAUUCCUGGGUAAUACAAAUGUACCACCAGUGCUGUUCUCUCGCAAUAAUGUCCAAAUACUUCUUUUCGUGGUUCUAGUGAUGAAUUCUGCAUCGUCAAAACACUUUAGAAUCUAAUUAUCUCUGUAAGAUUGUGUCUUUAGGAGAGAAAUAAAACAUUUUAGAAUUUAGGGAAAGAUGCUAACUAGACUUACUGAAUCUCUAUUGAAUUCACCGCUUUAUUCUUGUUUAUUUCUGGCUUUUAUCUUUCGUAGGAGGCAUCAGACUAAAUUUCUGGCUACUAAAGUGUGAUUGAUAAUGUUAAUUGGGACUGCCAUACCGAUGCCCUCCUUUAUUGUAAGUAUAUACAACAAUAAAAGUUAAGAGUUGCUGUGGAGGGUUGGUGAAGCAGGAAGGAAAUACACCAAGAUCAAGAAACACUCUACCUACGCAAGUCGGGGCUCAUGUGUUGUCGCUGAUAAGAAAAGGUUGAAAGGGUCCAAAGGGAAUUAACUGAAGAAAACAAAGAAAGGGUCAUAAAUCUUGGAUAGCAGGAGAAAAUAGAAAGAAGCAGAAAGAAGAAAACAAGACCCAGCGGACAGUCACUGCGAAGAGACAUGUCACGUCACGGAGUGUUGGUGUAACUUGAAAGGCAACCAUCCCCACCAACAACUCAACUAAGUGAAUAGAGUAUCAAAUAAGGCUCUAACGUAUAAAUGGAGUGAAUAAAAGGCAUAAGUAGCGUAAAAA